AGUGGAGCACAGGUUCAAGUUAUUGGAUCUACCACCAUGAAGAGUGCUAAAGUACCCCCUGCACCGUUUUUCAACUCCCGCAAAAGACUUCGCCAAGCAGUAGUAGCUGAUCCCAAUGAAAAUUUUCAAGAUGAAGAUGACAGCUGGUUGGAGACAUUUGCUGGUGGCAGGAGUGAUUUGAUGAAUAAUAAUGAAAGAGACAGAUUUUCUGACCAAUGCAAGACAUUCCCUCAGAGCAUAUCUUAUAAUGGCAACAGAAAUCUCUACCAAACAGGCCAGCAACCCUCUAGUUUUCAGUCCAUCGAUAAAACAGCAACAUCCUACUCAAAGCCAAGUAUUGAAAGAAAUAUCCCAGGUAGUAAAAUAUCUGGCCCUGUAAAAAGGGGACAGUAUCAUAUUCAACAAAACAACAACAAUAAUAAUGUUGGUGUGAUGAGCAGGAAAUCAAUGGAGCGUGCGGCAGCAGCAGCACCACCACCACCACAACCACCACCAGUCACACCUCCAACCUCUAACAUGAGAUACUCCCCGAGACAACCAACUACAGAUAGUUCUUCUGCCAGGUCAACCUAUAAUUGGUCAUUUUCUGCUCAGUCCUGUAAAUCUGUCUCAUCUCCUCAAAUGUUUGGUGGUGAAUCAUUUAUUCAGGAAGCUAAUGUUGCCGAAGUAGCACCUGCCUUUAACAAUAGACCAAGUAAUGAACCUAAACACAGUCCAAGCUAUUCUCAGACCAACACAUCGUCAAAGGUUAAUGUGAGUGGCGUGGCCACCACAGCCAAUAAGAAGGAAAGACCUACAGAGAAAGCACUCAGUCCCAUCAACCCCAUCUUUACAACUUUUAUCAAAGAACUGAAAAAUAACUACUCGAAGUACAAAGAGAAAUUUCAUAUCAUCUGUGAAGUUUAUGGUGUGCUGGAUUCUGCCGUUCUUCCUGACCGGAACCUGUCUGGCAGACAGUUCUUACUCCGUGACAAUUCGGAUUCUAUAGAAUGUGUCUUCUACGAAAUUGAUAGGAUGUUACCACGACUGACUCGUGGUCAUUGGCUGAGGUGUGUUGGAAUGAUUGAUAACAAAACCAAAAGACUUCACUGUAUCAGUAUUCGACCUGCAACAGUUGAAGAGAGGAAUUUGCCACGAAUCAUGGCAUUCCUUCAGCAAAACUAUUUAAACGGUUUCGAUGACAACAGUGGCUGACAAGUUUUUCCCGCUGAGAUCUGAGACCCAACAACCAACGAUUGUUGUGUGAAAAAAGCAUAUUUAAUUAAAGUAUUUGUUGAAGACUUGCUACAUUUCCAAACCAUU